AUAGCGGAAGAAGGAUUUUUGGAGUUCAUAAAUAAUAUUUUAACCACUGGAAUGGUGCCAGCUUUGUUCACCGAUGACGAGAAAGAUACGAUAAUUGGCCAGUGCCGAGGGGCUGCCCAGGCAAGCGGAUACGCCGUUUCAAAGGACGGAGUUUGGUCUUUCUUCCUGGACCGUGCAGUCCGGAACCUUCACGUUGUCCUGUGCAUGUCUCCGGAAGGGGAUGCUUUAAGAAACCGUUGCCGGAAUUUCCCGGGACUAGUUGGCAGUACGACCAUCGAUUGGGUGUUCCCGUGGCCGGAGCAAGCUUUGUACGCUGUCGCCAAAGUCUUCUUGGCCGAUCAUAUUAAGAUUCCCGAAAUAUAUAGGGAACCUAUCAUUGCACACAUAGUGCACGUACACGAGUCACUGAAAUACUACACCCAACAGUAUUUGCUAAAAUUACGUCGCAAAAAUUUCGUCACUCCUAAACAUUACCUGGACUUUAUCAAUACUUAUCUUAAGCUCAUUGAGGAGAAAGACAGUUUCAUCAUGCAGCAGUGCUCUCGAUUAUCGGACGGUAUCGAGAAAAUUAACGAAGCCUCCCUACAGAUCGAUCAGCUGAGCAUAAUCGUGGAGGAGCAGCGGAAGAACGUAGUCGAGGCAGCCCGUCGUUGCGAAGAAAUGCUUGUCGGAAUAGAAACGUCCACCGAGAAAGCCAAUUCCAAGAAAGCAGAAGCUUCGGAAAAAUCCGUGGAAGUAGAACAACAGAAAAAGAUUAUAACUGUCGAGAAAGCAGAAGCGGAAGAGGCACUGCUCGCUGCCCUUCCGGCUCUGGAAACGGCAAGGCUGGCCUUGUCAGAUCUGGAUAAGUCGGACAUUACCGAAAUUCGUAGCUUUGCAACGCCCCCAGAACCGGUACAGGUUGUGUGUGAAUGUGUUGCCAUAAUCAAGGGCUUCAAAGAAAUCUCCUGGAAGACUGCCAAGGGUAUGAUGUCCGAGGGUAACUUUUUGCGAAGCUUACAAGAGUUGGACUGCGACCAUAUCACUACGAAGCAGGUGGCCAACGUAAGGGCCCAUAUGAAGAAAUCACACAAACUAGACGAAAUGAAAACAAUUUCCAAAGCUGGGUUCGGUUUGCUGAAAUUUGUGCGUGCAGUUUUGGGUUAUUGCGAUGUGUUCCGAGAGGUAAAACCGAAGAAAGAACGUGUUGCAUUCCUGGAGGCCGAACUGGAUGGGCAGAUUCGACUGCUCAACAAGCUGACCAAAGAAAUAAGUAAGCUUGAAGCUGAACUUACUGAGCUGAACAACAAAUACGCAACUGCAAUCAAAGAGAAGCAAAUGUUGCAAGAAAUGAUGGAACAAGCUGAACGACGGCUAAGAGCCGCAGACAAGCUCAUUACUGGACUGAGCUCUGAGAAGGAUCGAUGGAAAAUAGAUCUAGGAAAUCUGCAGGAUGAGAAAACCAAAAUAGUCGGCUCAUGUCUUCUGUCUUCAUCUUUCCUAGCUUACACCGGGCCAUUUUCUUGGGAGUUUAGAAAUAUGAUAGUCUUCGAUGAUUGGCUUGUUGGUAUAGAGGAUCGUGAAAUUCCCUAUAUAAAACCAUACCGAAUUCACACAAACCUGAGCAGUGAUCUUGAAAUGGCAACCUGGGCUUCCGAAGGUCUGCCGCCGGAUGAGCUUUCAGUUCAAAAUGGUAUCCUCACUACCAGAGCAUCCCGGUUUCCGCUUUGUAUCGACCCACAGCAACAGGCUUUGAUGUGGAUCAUCAAACGGGAAACUCCCAAUAAUCUUAAGAUUCUAUCGUUCAACGAUCGGGAUUUCCUGAAGCAACUGGAAAUGGCAAUCAAAUAUGGCAGUCCGGUGCUGUUCAAAGAUGUUGAUGACUAUAUUGAUCCGGUUAUUGACAACAUUCUCGAGAAAAACAUAAAAAUUCAAGCGGGUCGUCAUUUUGUAAUCCUUGGGGACAAAGAUGUUGACGUGGACGCCAACUUCCGAAUGUAUCUGACAACUAAACUGUCAAAUCCUAACUUUGAUCCGGCUGUGUAUGCCAAAGCACUGAUUAUCAAUUACACCGUUACGAUGAAUGGGUUGGAAGAUCAGCUUUUGAGUGUUGUUGUUCGUUCUGAGCGGCCAGAUCUUGAGGAGCGUCGAGAAACCUUGAUUGCGGAAACAAGUGCUAACAAAAUUUUGCUCAAAAAUCUUGAGGAUUCCCUGUUAAGAGAAUUAGCGACCUCUACAGGAAACAUGCUUGAUAAUGUGGAGCUGGUUAAUACGCUAGAAAAUACCAAAGAAAAGGCAGCAGAAGUGUCUGAAAAGAUUGCUCUCGCCGAAGAAACUUCCAUCGACAUAGAACUACUUCGUAAUGGAUACAGACUGGCGGCAAAGCGUGGAGCAAUCCUUUAUUUUGUGCUUUCCGAAAUGUCGGUCGUCAAUCCCAUGUAUCAGUACUCUCUAAGUUCAUAUCUAGAAGUUUUCAUAUUUUCCCUGAGAAAAGCCGUUCCCGAUAACAUACUGUCCAGACGACUGGAUAACAUCAUAUCAACGUUAACCCGAAAUGUGUAUGAAUAUGGCUGCAUUGGCUUCUUCGAAACGCACAAGCUGCUAUUUUCGUUCCAGUUAACGGUUAAACUAGAACUGAAUCGAAACCACCUUACCCAGCCGGAGGUGGAUUUCUUCAUUAAAGGUAAUAUUUCACUGGAAAAAUCUCAACGUGCUUGCCCAGCUAAAUGGAUCAGUGACAAAGGGUGGCAAGAUGUGCAACUGUUGGCAGAAAUUUUCCCGGAAAAGUUUGGUUUCCUUCCCACUCAUGUUGAACGUAAUAUUGCAGAGUGGACAAGUUGGUAUGAUCUAGAUGACACAGCAGGUUCAGACUAUCCUGGAAACAUUGGCGAGAAGUUUAGUUCUUUCGAUCAACUGUUGGUGAUGCGAUGUUUCCGAGUGGACAGAGUCUAUCGUCUUGUGAAUAAUUUCGUUUCGGAGAUUAUGGGUGAAGAAUUUAUCACCCCACCGAUCCUCAGUUUUGACUCUAUUUACGAACAGUCAUCGGCAUUUACGCCAGUAGUUUUCAUUUUAAGUCCCGGUUCAGAUCCAACCAAUGAUCUGAUGAAACUGGCCGACCGUUGUGGUUUUGGUGGAUCUUCAUUCCGACAUAUAUCCCUUGGCCAGGGACAGGAAAAGCGAGCCCUUCUCUUGCUGAAUCAAGCCAUGGAACAAGGCCUCUGGUUGAUGCUUCAAAACGGUCACCUCCUGUUGAGCUUCAUCAAAACGUUGGAAAAUCUACUCGAAGCUGUCAAGAAGCCCCACCCGGAUUUCCGGCUGUGGAUAACGACUGAAGCAACCGGGUCCUUCCCCAUCGGAAUCCUUCAAAAAUCGCUCAAAGUCGUUACUGAGCCACCGAAUGGACUGAAAAUGAAUCUCCGGGCGACCUUCUUCAAACUCCGCCAGCAAACACUCGACGCGUGCACUCAUCCGGCGUUCAAGCCAUUAGCAUACGUUUUGGCGUUCUUCCAUGCCGUCCUGCAGGAACGACGAAAGUACGGCAAGCUUGGCUGGAACAUCAGCUACGAUUUUAAUGAGUCCGACUUCAGCGUUUGCCUGCAGAUUAUGGAUACAUACCUGACGAAAGCUCAGGCCCUGAACGAAACGCGCCUUCCUUGGAACAGUCUCAAGUAUCUGAUUGGAGAGGUCAUGUAUGGAGGACGGGUUAUUGAUGAUUUCGAUCGGAGAGUAGUGAAGACCUACAUGGACGAGUACAUGGGGGAUUUCCUGUUCGAUACGUUCCAACCGUUCCACUUCUAUCAGGACGAGCACGUAGAUUACAAAAUAUUCGAAGCUACCAAUCGGGAUGAGUUUAUUGCUUCAAUCGAAAAACUCCCACUGACCAACACCCCGGAAGUAUUUGGACUGCACUCGAACGCCGAAAUUGGCUACUACUCGAUAGCGGUUCGCGAAAUGUGGACCUACCUGAUUGAUCUGCAGCCUCAGACCAAUCCUGCCAAAUAUGGAGACAGUAAGGCUAGCCUCAAUCAAGAUGAUGGUACCGAAUCCGGUGGAGUGUCCCGGGACGAAUUCAUCGACAAGGUGGCGUCGGAUAUUUUGAAAAAGUUGCCAAAACAGUUCGAAAUUUGGCGCGUCAAGAAGCAAUUUCAGAUCAACAUCACGCCGGUUUGCGUCGUCCUGCUGCAGGAGCUGGAACGCUUCAACCGGCUGCUGCUACGCAUGGAGCGCACUCUGCAGCAACUGCGAAAGGCCCUUGCCGGCGAAAUCGGCAUGGACGCGGUCCUGGACGCCAUCGGGCAUGCAUUAUUCAAUGGGCAACUACCGGACGAUUGGCGGAAUCUGGCACCGGCCACCUGUAAACAGCUCGGCGACUGGAUCGACCACUUGCUGCGACGGAACCAGCAGUACAAAUAUUGGUCAGUUUCCGGGGAGCCGCUGGUGAUGUGGCUCUCAGGGCUUCACAUACCGGAAAGUUAUCUAACCGCAUUAGUUCAGAUGGCCUGCCGGAAGAACAACUGGCCCCUGGAUCGGUCGACGCUUUUCACGUCCGUCACCAAGUUCCUGCGCGAAGACGAAAUCGAGGAACGGCCCGAAGCGGGUUGCUACGUGACCGGACUCUAUCUGGAGGGUGCCCGAUGGGAUCCGGCCCAGCGCUGUCUGGCACGUUCGAUUCCAAAGGUCCUGGUGGAACCACUUCCGGUUCUGUCCGUCGUCCCGAUCGAGGUUCACCGGCUGAAGCUGCAAAAAACAUUCCGUACCCCCGUCUACACCACAUCUCUGAGGCGAAAUGCCAUGGGCGUCGGGUUGGUGUUUGAGGCGGAUCUCUUCACCGAGGAGCACACCAGCCACUGGGUACUUCAGGGCGUUUGCCUGGUUAUGAACACGGAUUAGAGAGAAAGAGAGGACAACGAGUUCAUCCUCAAGACAUGUGAUAAUACUACACCUUUUUUUCAAUUUUAAGAAUUUACAUACAUUCAUAUAGUUACUUUUGUUUGCAUGUUUGAAGUUAAUAU